AUGCUGUAUAGGAUUAUUGAAAAGGUCUAUAAAUAAAUUCCAUUGAAGUAUUAAUAGAGAUUAAAAGAUAUAGAAUUCGAAAACUUAUAAAGCAUGAGAGUAACAAAUUAUCAUAUAAUAGAUUGAAUUUACAAAUGGUAUAGUGUAAAAAACAUACAAUUACGAGAUUUUAUCAAACAAAAUUCAAUUAAUCCAAGUAUGAUUAGUUUUAUCUAGGUAUCUACAGUAAUCAAAGAAUUAGUUAGAAUUUUACUCAAAAUGGAAACUCUCCCUAUUUUUCCUUUAAUUUAUUUUCUUUCUUAACAAGAAUUAUUCUGGUCUGAAUUCUUUAUAAUAUUAUACACAAUGAUGUGUUUAAUAAUGGAUAUGGCCUUCUCAUACUUGAUACUAUUUUACAAUCUAAAAUAAAGAUGGAAAUUUGAAGAAAAUAUCAAUAAACAGUAAUGUCGAGUGUUAGCUGAUAUAGAUUAAUUGUUAUAAACUUAAAAUAAAACUCCUUCAAAGAAAAUUGAAUGGUAGCAACUAAAAGUAGGUCAAAUUGUUUGUCUUUAAAAGGGAGAAAAGAGUCCAGCAGAUAUCUUAAUUUUAGAGUCAAGUUAAGAAUAAGUAUUAAUUGAUUUUAAGUUUAAAUAUCCUUGUCCUUGCACAUAUAUAAAUUAGGCUUCUAAAACUAAAGGUAUUAUGACUAAAUUCUUAAUAAAUUUGAGUGGUUGGAUAUAAUUUUAAAGCUGUAAAUAAGGAACAAUUAAAUUGAAAAACGAUCCAAAGGCUACUUAAUUUACAGAUGCAAAUAUAAUUAAUAGAGGAUAAAUUUUGAAUCAAACAGAUUGGAUAUUUGGAAUAGCAAUAUAAGUUGGACAUGGAUGCUUUUAAUAAAGAGAUCGAUAUUAUAAUUGGAACCACUAUAAUUAGAAUAGUUUUUAUAUAUUUUUGAUAAAUGUUGUAAUUUUCUUUUUCCUAUUAAUUCCAAAGUUAAUUAGUUAACAAUAAUAUGAAUAUCCUAAUUAUCAAAGUUCAAUUAUAAUGUGUUUGUUACUUUUACCUUAAAAUUACUUUAUAAUCAAUUAAAUAUGGUUAUUAAUUCAUUAAUUCAAUCUUAAUAAAUUAGAGAUUAAAUAAUCUCCUGACAAAAAAUCCAAUUAAAUUUAAUAAUAGUAAGAGUAACUUUUAGAGUAACCUGAUCCAAUUUUAUAGGAAUAUGAUAAGAAAGUCCUUAUUUAAGUGUAAAAAGUAGGAUCAACAAAUAAUUCAGUAUUAAAUCUUGCAAUAAACAAGAAAAAUCCUACUUAAUUCAAUAUUUAUCGAUAUAAUCAAUUAUCAAAUUAAAAUAUUUUAGAAUUGAUGAAAACAGAUGUUUUAGUUUUUGAAAAUCCUUAAAAAAUAUUAAAAGAGAAUGUUAGAGUUUGCUUAAUCAUUCAUGAUAAAUGUAGAUACUACUUUAAUUAUGAAAAAUUAUAAUCAAUUAUUGAAAAAACUACUCCUACUCAAAAAAAUAAUUACGAAAAAUUACUAUUAGAUACAAAUAGGUUUUAAGCAUAUGAUGAAUAAAAAACAUAAGAUAUUGAUUUAUUACUUGCUGAAAAAUAAUAACCUACUUUAAGGAUUGUAGAAGAAAAAAAAAUAUUUUAAAAAAUAGGAUUUUUAAAAGAAUAAACGAAAAUUAGUUUAUUACAAAAAGAAAUGAAAGAUUCUAAAGAUCUUAAAAAAUAACCUGGUGACUCUUCAAAAUUAAAUCCAUAUAGUUCUUUUAGAAAAUAAAGUGCAAGAAACUUAUUUCAAUCUAAUACUUUAGUCUAACAAUAAAAAGAGUCUAAUUAACAAUAGUAAUUACUACCAUAAUAAUAAUCUAAUAGUAUAAUUUCUUAUAAGAAUUCACCUAAAAUUUAGAGAUAAAGAAGUAGUAAUCAUCUUUCUUAAAGUUAAUUGAAUCCAAAUGUCAAAUCUUAGGGAGGAUCGUUAAAAAAUAUAACUUAAACUUAAUAAGAUUUAAGUAAUGAUUAAAUAGUAGGUGAUGUAUUUAAUGAAUAAGAUUUCAUUAAUAAAUUAUUGAAUAAAUCUGAUGUAACAUCAAAUGAAAUUUUAAUUGUUUUACUAUUAUGCAAUAAUGUGGAAAGUGUUUAUGAUAAGAAAAUAAAGAAAAUAAAAAAUGUAUAUUAUAAUCCAUUUGAUGAAUCAAUUUUAGAUUUUGUGAAGAUAUUCGAUUAUAAAUUCAUAUCAAGUGCUACAAUUGAUAAUUUUAAAGUUGAAUACAAAUAAGAUCAAAUAAUUAAGAAAGCUGUGUCUAUAUAAGGAGUUGUUAAAAUCUUUGAUAUUAUAGCAUUAUUGUAACCAACUGAAAAUAGAUAAAAUACUCUAUCUAUACUAGUCAAAGAUCCUGAAUCAUUUGAAUUAGAUGAAGGAGCUUUAUUAUACACUAGGAAAGAAAUAUGUGAAAAGAAUUAUGAUGACCAAAGAUACCCUUAAAUAAAUGAGACUAUAGAAGAAAUGUUUUGGGAUGGAUAAAAAUCAAUCAAAUAUUUAAAAAAAUAAUUGGAUUUCUAGUAAACAUAAUAAUUCUUAAACAAAUUAAAUUCUAUCAACGAAACAUAUGGUAAUAGGGAAGAAGAAUUAGAUAAUCUUUAUAAAUAGAUUGAAUCAGAUAGUUAAUUAUUUUUUAUUUUAGGAUUGAAGUAAUUUAUAAGAAUGAAAAGUUAAUUAGUAUCUUAAGAAAUUUGUAAUAACAAUCUUAAUUAAGAAAUCAUGUUUUAAACACUUUUGAAAUAUAAUUAUAAAACUUGUUUUGUUAUGGAUACAUAUGAAGAUUUAAUAUCAUUUUUAAGAACAUAUCAUAUUACUGAAAAGAAUUCUAUUGAUUUAUUUUUAGAAGUUAAUACAAUUCAUUAUAAAUUUAGAUAAUCAAUUCAAAAUUUAAUAGAAAAAUCAAAUAUUUUUGAAGUUUAUUAAUAAAGAUUUGUUGAAAACUUUAUUAUAAUUAAUGCAGAAACACUUGAAGCAAUAGUAAAAGAUGAUUAUCUAAAAUAUCAUUUUGUUGUACUCUUUUAUUUUUCAUAAGGUGUAGGAGCUUAUCAAUUAGAUGAAAAAUAAAAAGGAAAACUUUUAAAAUUAAUUACAAUUACUGAAAGAUAUAUUGCAUCUAUAGGCUCAGGAUUAGACAAUUAAUAUUUCUUUUACAAAUCUAAUUAUUCUUUUAAUUUAUAAAAUUAAGAUCCAUAAUGUGCACUUUCUAAUCCUAAUUUUUUAAUAGCUAAGACUGAUUAAAUGCUUAAAUUAUUAUUUUUUUAUUGCCCAACCACUUACAUAAAUUAUGAAUCUAUCAUUUUAAUAUAGAUUUAUAGAUGUUUUUUAUUUGGUUUUUUGUCUUAUAUGAUAGACUAUUAAAAUCCAUUUUAUACAUUAGACGAAUUAAUUUUCUUUGUUUUAGUUCCAAGCAAUGUUGUUACAUGUAUUCUCAAUUAUGAAAAUUUUCUGCAUUAAAAAACAUUUGAAAAAAAUUAAUUUGAAAUAUAUAGAAAGAGAUUAGAGUUGAUAAAAUAAAGUAAUAUUUAUGUUAAAAUAAUCAAAAUCAUCUUUAUAGCAUUACUGGAUUCUAUUUUAGUUGAGAUUUGUUUUAAUAUAUUUGAUAUAUUCUAAAAUUAAGAACUUGAAAAUUAUUCUAUUUUUAUUUUCAUCAUUCUUGAAUUAAUGGAAAAGUCAAAAUACAUUAUGACUCAAUUAAAUUCAUACUAUGAUUUAGGCAAGUUGCUAAAACUUAUAUUCUCCUACAUAAUAUUAUUAUCUUUAUUAUUAUUGAUAUAUAGUCUUGUGAUUACAGAUAUUAUCUAUUAAUUAUCUAGAUUAAAUUUUAUUUUUUGGAUAUUUGGAUUAAUAUUUGCUCUAUCAAUCUCAUUUGUAAUAUAAGAAGUGUUAAUACUUACAGAAUUUUGCUUCCCGUCUCCAAAUGAUAUUCAAUUUCACAUAGAGAAUUAAAUUGAAAUAGAAAAGUUAAGCCAAUCAUUAAAAUACUUAACUUAAUAAUAAUCAAAUUAGGCCAAGUUGUUUAUUGAGAAAUUAUUUGAAGGAAAGGAUUUUAUGGAUGACCUACUUCUAAAAAAGAUUAAGGGAGAUUAACAAAUGACUGAUUAAAUGGAAAAAGACUAAAAAUUUACAGAUAAAAGAACAGAAAAAGAUUUUCUUAAUUGGCUCAAACCUUAAAAUAAAUACAUUUAUUAUAUAUAUGAAUUAACUAUAUUUGGAAUUAGAAUCUAUUAAUAAAUCAAUAAUCUUUAGAUUGCUUAUUUAGUGAUUUCUAUUAUUUAGUUUGUAGUGAUGAGUUUAUUGCCUAUGAUACAUAUUUCUAAGUUUAAACCUUUAGUUCUAAUUAGUUUGAGAUUUGCAUUUUUCAUAGUAUUGCAUAUCUUAUUAGAUACUGAAAUAAAUGAAACUUUAAUGUUUUUAAUAUCAAUUUCUUUGACUCAUCAUCCAUUAUUAGGGAUUUAUGGAUAUUAUUGCGUGUGUUUCAUUUCAACUAUUUUAGAUAUGUUGAUGGUAGGAAUAUAUAAUUAUACUAAUCCAUAUCACAUUCUAAAUCAUGCCUUAAUUUUAAUAGAAGUCUGUGUUCCAUUAAUAUUUUAAGUUUAUAAAACUGAAUUCUUAUAAAGAUAUUAAUAUAUAUUGUAAAACAAAUUAUUAGAUGAAUAUAAAAAGCUAAAUGAUGCUUUAGGCUUGUUGAUGCCACGAUUCAUUAAAGAAAGAAUGUCAAAAGGAUAGAUAUAAAUAUCAGAAGAUUAAGGAGAUGUUGCAAUUUUAUUUUGUGAUAUUUAUGAUUUUGAUGAUAUAAUCAGAAAUGAAUAAAUCAAGGUUGUUGAAUUUUUAGACAAUUUAUAUCGUUAAUUUGAUUAAUUUUGUUAAGCAAAUGAAUUAUAAAAGAUUGAAACUGUUGGUAAGACCUAUAUGGCAGCAGGUGGAUUAAAAGACUAUAAUAUUUCAGAUAAUUUAAAUCCUACAGAAAGAAUAUUAGAUACAGCUCUGUAAAUGCAGGAAAGUGUUAAAACUAUGAAAUAUGGAGAUAAUUAAGCCGUAAUUCUGAAAAUUGGUAUUCAUUAUGGAAGAGUUAUAGCUGGUGUGAUUGGAGCUCAUAAGCCAUAAUUUUCAUUAAUAGGAGAUACAGUCAAUACAACUAGUAGAGUUUGUUCAACUUCAGAACCAGGUAAUGUUACUUUAAGCUAAUAAGCCUAUGAAAAAGUCUCUAAUAAAAAAUAUUAAUUUAAAUUAAGGGAGGUAGAAGCGAAAGGCAAAGGAACUAUUAAAACAUAUUAAUUUAUUAAAGGGAAUAAAAAAUAACAGUAAGCAAUUCUAAAAGUUGCUGAUAAUGUAUCUAAAUCUCCUAAUCCUCAUUUAUAAAAUUAGAUGAUUAAAAAAAUAUCUGAAAAUUUGAAGAGUAAACAAUAAACUAUCUUAAAAAAAGUCUCUAUUAAUGAAGAAAAAUAAGAUAUUGCACCAGUCACUAUCUAAAAUACCAAUAUGAAUGUAAAUACUAAAUUAAUAUAAAUUUCAUCACCAUAAUCUAUAUAGCCAAUGAUAAGAGCAUAAUCAAGAUCAGUAUUUAAUUCAUCAUAUUAAAUGGGAUUACUUACACCUAAUGAAUAAGAUUAAGAUAAUAAUAAUAAUAAUAAUAAUAAUAAUAAUAACAAUAAUAACAAUAAUAACAAUAAUAAUAACAUUAAUAAUAACAAUAAAUUUGAAGAAAAAGAAAAGUUUAAUAUUAAUAAUAUAUAAGGUGAUGGAUUAAAAUCUAGUAUACCUUUAGGAGGAGCUGCAGCAGGUUAAUAUACAAAAAGAAUUUCAAAUUUAGCAUUUGAAUUAAAUCCCAUGAAAUCGAGAAAAUCAGUGUAUAAAAGAGCAGGUACAAAAACAAAUUUGCCUGAAUAAGAUUAAAUUGUAGGAAUGGGUACUAGUGGUUAAAAAUUGGCAGAAAGUGUAAAAGUUGAAUUGCAUCCUGUAAAAAGAAAAAGAACAAGAAUAAUUGCUGAAAAAUAAAUGGAUUUUAUAGAUAGAAUUGAAUCCUUAUCAGUUCAUAAAACACCAAAAGAAUUGAAUCUUUAAUCUCAUAUGGAUGAAUUAGAGAUAAGAAAACUAAUAGAUAUUGAAGAUAGUAUUUAUUAAAAUGAAUAUGAUUUGAAAAAUAUGGAAGAAAAAGUUGAAAUUUAAAAAUAUGGUAUUUAAGAAUCUAACUAUAAAAGUGAUAGUCACGAUUAAUAUUUUUCAAUUUAUGAUUAAUACAAAGAAUUUGAUUUAAAACAGGUAAAGAUUUUUAUUGUUUUUAUAAUAAUUUUAUUGAUAAUCAAGAAUUUAUUUUAUUACUUAUUAACUUCAAUAAAUUAAGAAUUAUAAGUAAUAUUUAUUUGUUAGUCAGUAAUUUGUUUAGUAUUAUCAAUAAUUAUUUACAAUAUAAAAAAGAUAUUUAUCUUGAAAUUACUAAUAGGUUUAUAUUUCCUAAUAUUUUCAAUAAAUAGUAUUUUAAUCAUAAAUGCUCAUAACUCUGAAAUGGAAUUAAUAUUUUAAAUAAGUUAAAUUACUUCUGUUUAUUUGAAUUUAUUCUAUUUAUAGAUUUACAAUAAAAAGGAUCGAAUAAAAUUAUCUGUACUAUAUACAAUAUUAAUCUUAAUAAAUCUAGUAUUUAAUGAAUAUAUUUUGGAUAUAAUUCUCUUCUUAAUUUGCAUAUUAUUAUCAAGUUUAAUAAUUCAAGAAAAGGAAUUAAAGAUACUAGCUGAAAAUUAUUAAUGUUUUUCGCAAUUUGAAUCUAAAAAUGCUAAAUAAACACAAAUAUUAUAAUAUUUAUUACCAUAACACAUAAUAGGUAGAUUUUUUUCAACAGAUAUAACUACAACAGAUAACUUCACUGAUGUAUUUCAAAAUUGUACCAUUCUGUUUGCUGAUAUUGCAGGAUUUACAAAAUAUUCAAGUUCAGUAGAACCAGAAUAAGUAGUAAAUAUGCUUAGAAUAUUAUUUUAACAAUUUGAUGAAGCUUGUUAAAAAUUUUAAGUAUACAAAUUAUACACUAUUGGGGAUUGCUAUGUUUGUAUGGGUAUUAUAGAUGCUAAUAACAGAGAUCCUGUUGGUGAAGUAAAUUUAUAUGUUUUAUAAUAAAUAGGCAAUAAAUGUUGUGUUGUUUGGAUUAAAAAUGAUAUAGAUAAUUUAAUAGAUAAAUAAAGAUCCUCAGUUUUAACAUUUGAACAUGAGAAUUGGAGCACAUACUGGGAGAGUUAUAGGAGGUGUUGUAGGGACAGAUGUAGUUAGAUAUGAUAUUUAUGGAGAGGAUGUUACUACAGCCAAUAAAAUGGAAUCGAAAGGAUAAGAAGGCAAAAUAAUGGUAAGUUAAGCUACAAAGGAUUUGAUUGAAAGUGAUGAAGAAUGUAUUGGUAUUUUCGAUUUUGAAUUUGCUUAAGAAGUCUAUUUGUCUUAAAAUAAUACUACAAUAUCUACUUAUUUUGUAAACUUUGAUUAAAAUGGUGAUGAUUAAUGA